AUGAGUAGUCUUCCUAGUGAAAUAAUAAGUCCUAUAUAUCUAAGUUACGAAGAGCUGCCACACCAUUUGAAGCAAUGUUUUAUCUAUUGUGCUAUUUUCCCUGAAGAUUCAGUAAUCUACCAUGAUGAUAUUGUAAGGAUGUGGGUCGCUCAAGGCUUUAUAGAUGAACAAGAUGACCGAGUCCUUGAAGAUAUAGCAGAAGAACACUACUAUGAGCUGAUCCAUCGAAAUCUCCUCCAACCAGAUUAUUACUAUUCUGCUGAUCUUAUUCAAUGUAGACUGCAUGAUCUACUAAGGCAGCUUGCUUGUCAUUUAUCCAGAGAAGAACUUUUUGUUGGUGAUCCAGAUUCAGCAGGGGUUACUGUUAUGAGUAAAUUCCGCCAUAUUUUAGCUGUCACUAUGAAUGAUAUGGUUGUGUUACCUAGAACAGAUAAGGGGAAAUGUAAAGUGAGAACUUGGAGAACAUCUUAUACAAAGUCUUUGAGAGUUGAUGAUACAAUAUUUGAAAGAUUACCAUGCAUUCGAGUUUUGGAUUUGACAGGUUCACAGAUACAAAAUGUUCCAUCUUGCAUUGGACGUUUGAUCCAUCUACGAUUACUAGACCUUGAUGGGACUGACAUAUCUUCCCUUCCAGAGUCCAUCUGUUAUCUCAUAAACCUUCAGAUAUUGAAUUUGCAGAGGUGUGAUUCUUUGCAUAGUCUUCCUUCAGGAAUAACUCAGCUAUGCAACUUAAGCCGACUUGGCCUACUGAGCUCACCAAUAAAUGAGGUUCCAAAAGGUAUUGGCAGAUUAAUUUCACUCAAUGAUUUAAAUGGUUUUCCGAUUGGUGGUGGCUCUUGCAACAAUUCUAGAAUGCAAGAUGGAUGGAACCUAGAAGAAUUGGAUCCCCUUUGGCAGUUGAGAAGGCUUGAUAUGAUAAAACUGGAAAGAGCAGUUCCUCCUAGUAAAGAUACAUUGCUAGCAAACAAAAAACAUCUCAGAGACUUAUUCCUAGGUUGCAGUGAACACACACAUGAGCCAUAUUCUGAAGAUGCUCUCAUAGAUUGUAAAUCAUGUGUUCAUCUUCCACCAAUCGGUCAGCUCCCCAACUUGAAAUAUCUGAAAAUCAAAGGAACCGCUGCAGUCCCCAUGAUUGGACCCGAAUUUGUUGGCUCUGGGAUGGGUAAUCUCAGAUCUACAGAGGCAGUAGCUUUCCCCAAGCUUGAAACAUUGGUCAUCAGGGAUAUGCCCAACUGGGAGGAGUGGUCCUUUGUUGCUGAAGAAAAACAAGAAGCAACAACAGCAUUCACGGAAGGAGCAGAGGAUAAGGCUGCUGCAAAUCAAAAGUGGGAUGCCCCACCUCCAAGGAUGCAGCUGCUGCCACGACUGAAGGAGUUGGAGCUUGACUGCUGCCCCAAGCUGAGGGCUCUCCCACCACAGCUUGGACAGGAGGCCAGCAGCUUGAAGGAGCUCCAAUUAAGAGAUGUGCACAGCCUUAAGGUGGUGGAGAACCUCCGUUUCCUCUCUGAGUAUCUUUUAAUCAUUGGUUGUCAAGGCCUAGAGAGGGUUUCAAAUCUUCCCCAAGUGAGAGAGCUGCGUGUACAGCUGUGUCCAAACUUGAGGUGUGUUGACAGGAUGGACAACUUGCACCAGCUGUUUCUGACAGAGGAUAUGGAAGGUGCCUCAUCACAGUGGCUGCCUGGACUCCAAGAGCAUCACCAACAGCUGCACGGAGAAGACAUGGAUGUCUACACUUGGAUAUAG